UUGUCGGUCUUUCAGUUGCUUAAAAAUGUCUUCAAGGACAGUUCUGAUUUUCUGUGCUUUCUUUGUAUCAGUAUUGGGUGCUCGGUACGAUCCAACAUGGGACUCUAUUGAUUCGCGUCCUCUACCAGCAUGGUACGACGAAGCCAAGCUAGGUAUCUUUAUUCACUGGGGUGUAUUCGCCGUACCCAGCAUCAAUUCUGAAUGGUUUUGGGAACGUUGGCAGGGUAGUCGAACUCCAGAGGUUGUAAAUUUCAUGAAAAAUAACUACAGACCAGAUUUUACGUACGCUGAUUUUGCACCCCAAUUCACAGCCGAGUUCUUCGAUGCUAAUCAAUGGGCAAAUAUGUUCAAUGCAUCAGGUGCCGAGUAUAUCGUGUUUGUGAGUAAGCACCAUGAAGGUUAUACAAACUGGCCUUCUAACCAUUCAUUUAACUGGAAUUCCAUGGCUGUAGGUCCUAAACGAGAUAUCGUUGGUGAAUUAGCUGCAGCUAUUAAAACCAACACCUCAAUUCAUUUUGGUGUGUAUCACUCUCUCUUUGAAUGGUUCCAUCCACUGUACUUACAAGAUAAAGAGAAUAACUUCUCAACACAAAAUUUUGUCAUUGACAAAACAAUGCCAGAACUUUACGAGUUAGUUAACACUUAUAAACCUGAUGUUAUUUGGUCUGAUGGUGAUUGGGAAGCAACAAGCGAUUAUUGGCAAUCCAAAGAAUUCUUAUCCUGGCUUUACACUGAUAGUCCUGUUAAAGAUACUGUUGUAACGAACGAUAGAUGGGGUAAAGAUUCGACAUGUAAACAUGGUGGGUUCUUCACCUGUCAGGACAGAUAUCAACCUGGUAAACUUCAGUCAAGAAAAUGGGAGAAUGCAAUGACCAUCGAUAGAAGAUCUUGGGGAUACAGAAGGAACGCACAGCUCAGUGAUUAUUUGUCCACCGAGGAACUGUUAUCCACUUUCAUCGAAACUGUUAGUUUUGGAGGAAAUAUGUUGAUGAACGUUGGACCUACAAAAGAAGGAACUAUUCACCCAUUAUUUGAAGAGAGAUUAAGAGAUGUUGGAUCCUGGUUGAAUGUCAACGGUGAAGCUAUCCGAUCAUCUCGGCCAUGGACUUCUCAAAAUGAUACCUUAACCCCUCACGUGUGGUACACCAUGAGGAACUCUGAUGUAUAUGCUAUACUUCUUGACUGGCCGACUGGUUCAACAUUAAGCUUAGGAGCCCCAAUGACUCAGACUGGUACAACUGUCCAAUUGUUGGGUUAUUCUGGAAAUUUUAAGUGGACAGCUCGUUCUGGUAAAGGAAUUGACAUCACGAUUCCACCCAUAUCAGCCAGCAGUAUUCCUUGUAAAUGGGCAUGGACAUUAAAAUUAUCCGGAUUAGCAAAUAUUUACUAAAUAAAUUGUAAUGGAGUUAC